AUGUCACAACCAAAUGAUUAUUGUUCACUCCGACCGAGUGUCACCACUCCAUUCCAUUCUUCUCAAAUUUAUGAUGUCUACAACAACAACAACAACAACUCUAUUCACAACAACAAGUCUAUGAAUUCAUUAUUAUUGCCCAACUGUCAAACAAGUUCAACCCAACAAUCCAUCAAAGAAGAAUGGAAUGAUACAACAAGGAAAAUUAACAAAACAAGUCGGAGAAGAACAACAAUACUUUCAUUCCUUUUUUCAACUCAAUUACAUCUUGUUGUCACUCUUUCUUUCAAUAUUUAUUGUCUUUUCAAUUUGAUACUUACCAAUCCUUGUACAUUUCAUUCCAAUCUAGAUUUAAAUUCCAUCAUUCCUUUCUAUAUCAAUAAUAACCAUAACAACAAACAUAACAACCAUAUUAAUAAUAACCAUAGCUAUAACCAUAACUAUAACCAUAACAAUCACAACCAUCAUUUAUAUUCUCUUCAUUUAUUCUCACCCUCAUUCUUUGUUUAUUGUCAAGACAUGAUUGAUGAAGAUAGUGCCACUCUUUUAAAAUCUCAAUGUAAAUCUCAUCAAUCCUCCAUUAAUGAUUUCUAUACGUGUGUCUCAAUGGGUGAUUGUUUACUCUCCACUCAAACCUAUCCCAUGAAAUGUACCACCAUUAGUGAAUUACCAAAAAUAUUUACAGAACCAUUACCACAUACCUUGUUAUUGAAUCGAAAGGAUACCAAUGAAGAAAAUAUUCAAAAAGAUUCAUCAGAACAACAACAACCACAAAAAUGUAAAUAUGAUUCAGAUUGUAUGAUUGUAUAUCAUGAAAAAUUUAGAUGGAAUUGUUGUUAUGAACAAUACUGUGAAGCCUUACAAUCGAUUGGAAUGUAUAAGGAAUCUACAACGACGAGUCAUGAUCCAAAUAUGAAUGGAAAUUCGAAAGGAUCAUUAUCAUACAACAUUCCAUAUAAUCCCAAUGAUUUUUCAAGUGUGAAUAAGGAAUGGUAUUCUUCAAAACAAUUUGAAAUUUGUAAACAUGCCAUUUAUUCCUGUGAUGGUAAAAAUAGUAUUUAUACCAUGGAUAGAAAUAAGAAUGUUGCAAGUAGUAGUAAUAGUGCUAAUAGUAAUAGUAGAAGCAAUAGUAAUAGCAAUAGCAAUAAUAGAGAUUCCUCCAAUCCAUCUUUAUCAUCAUCUCAUUCAACGAUUCUCUCUCGUAACAAACAAUGUUAUCAAACCUAUCUCAAUUUAUUUGGAUCUCAUUCCAUAUUUAUUUAUGGUGAAAAUAUCAAAUUGAAACCAUAUUGCAAUACAUUGAAACAUGAAUGUGCAUUUUAUAAUACCAUUUCCACCAAUGUUGCAACUGGAAUGUACAAUAAUUUAUUUCAUAUGAUUUAUUCCAUGAAAUCUCUUUUAUUGGUGAUGGUCAUGACAUUGACAUUAUUGAUUGCGAGUUUUUUGAUUUUGAAAUCAGAAUGGAUUGGAUUGAAUUUGUGGUGGUGUUGUUAUCAUCAAGGAAGGAAUGAAGAAGAGAUUCAAAAUUUGAGUAUGAAAGACUACAAGUACACACAAUUAAAAGUCAAAGUGUUAUUUUUCGAAUGA